CCAGACACCGGCAUUUCCUCCAAGGCCAUGAGCAUCAUGAACUCGUUCGUCAGCGACAUCUUCGAGCGCAUCGCCGGCGAAGCCUCCCGCCUGGCGCACUACAACAAGCGUUCCACCAUCACCUUCAGGGAGAUUCAGACCGCCGUCAGGCUGCUGCUUCCCGGGGAGCUGGCCAAGCACGCGGUGUCAGAGGGCACCAAGGCGGUGACCAAGUACACCAGCUCCAAGUAAACACUGCUACGACCACCACAAAAACAAAAGGCUCUUUUAAGAGCCAACACACUCUGAUCUGAAAGGUAAAAGGCCUGUUCAAACUGACCAAUUGACAAAUACGACAAACUGAUUACAUAUAAAAACCUAAUCAACAAAUGCACAUUUCACAUGUUCCUUCACAUACUAAUAAAUAUAUCACAUAAAAAAAGCAUUUGUUAAAUUCAGAGAUAUUAAAUGAUAGUGAGCCAAAUGAAGCUUGAAGAUCUGAAGUGACAUCAGAUGGUCAAGCCAAGAAUGUGAAAAAUUUACAACACCCACAGUGGGGACAUUACUUCACGCAACAGCAAAGUACAAAGCACAGAAAACAAUGACAGAAUAAAAGACUGUCAAUGUUGGUCAUUGGAAGGGUGAUUGCACAGUGUUUAAAUAUAAUCCUGUGCUGGUUGCACAUAUAUAAUAAUGCACAGAGAUUACUGUGUAACUGAUUUAGUGGGGGGUAGUAAGCAGUUC